AUGAAUUCCUCUUCUGCUGCUAGCAAUCCACCAUCGUCAAGAACCCCGGAUUCAGAGAAAUUCUCCGAAUUCGAUGAUUAUCAGAAACAGCUCGCAACCGUGCUCUACGAUUACAGUCCGAUUGAGAAUGACGAGAUCGGCUUGAAGAAAGGUGAAACGAUUGAGGUGCUUUCCGAGCCAGACUCUCUCGGUUGGUGCACGGGGAGAAAGGGCGGCUUGACGGGACUCUUCCCGGCUAGCUAUGUUCAAGUUAUG